ACUAAAGGACGAACAGCAGUAGCAGCAGCAGAGACGAGGAGACGUGCGUGUGUACGGGUCGGAGACCGGCCGUGUCUGUCUGUCUGUCUGUCUGUCUCUCUGUCUCUCUCUUUCUCUCUCUCUCUCUAUCUCUAUCUCUUUUUGUCUCUGUCUGUCUCUCUUUCUCUUUCUCUUUCUCUCUCUUCUUACUACUAUAGUGCAGUGAGCAGUCGCGAGAGUCGAGCCAGGAAAGAUGGCUGCUGGCUGUUGUGGAACGAAGAAGCAAAAGCUGAAUAACUCGACCAGCAUUCCGUGCAAUGGCUCGACCGUAUUGCAAAACGGCACCCAGAUACGCUAUUCCACGAUAGUCCAACCGGAAAUGGGUUUCUUUUGCUUCGACGUACUUUACUGCCAACUACAUCAACUUGACCCUCCAAAAACGCCCAACUUCAGCAACGAUGCAUUCCCUUUAUUCGUAACUUGGUCUAUUGGAAAAGACAUGAGAUUAAGAGGCUGCAUCGGUACAUUCAAUGCUAUGCAUUUACAUGCCGGAUUAAGAGAAUACGCUACUACUAGCGCAUUUAAAGAUUCUCGCUUCAAUCCGAUAACAAGAGAAGAAUUGCCACGCUUACAUGUAAGCGUAUCUAUCCUUAGAAAUUUUGAAGACGGGGUAGACUAUUUAGAUUGGGAAGUUGGAGUUCAUGGAAUUCGUAUAGAAUUUCAUAAUGAAAAGGGUAAUAAGCGGACCGCUACUUAUUUGCCUGAUGUAGCACCGGAACAAGGAUGGGACCAGAUACAGACAAUAGACUCCCUGCUGCAUAAAGGUGGUUAUAAAGGAUUGGUAACCCCAGACAUUAGACGUAGUGUGAAGUUAACUCGUUACCAGAGUGAGAAGGUCACCGUAAGCUAUCAAGAUUAUAUGACACAUUGGCACUGCCGAAGGUGCUAGCAGCUGGCCUGGGGUCCUCCACAAGGGCCCCUACCUUCUCAAACUUCUGUCGCAGUUCGUUAUAACAAUACUGAAACAACAUCCCAUUUCCAAUACAAUAAUAGCAAUCAAUACAAUCCGUUUGUGGGCAGUCAGCAGCAUACGUUAGUGAUGGUACAACCUAAUCAUCCAUCGUUCAUACAUCCACUUCCCAUGCCUCCUGUUUCUCCCGUUGUGGUACCUGUUCAAGAUUACCCAUCUUUUUGGUGGGAUCGUGCAGGACCUUCCUUUCCUCCUCCACAUUCACAUCCUCGUACGCACCGAUUUACGACACAAGAAAAUAUGGAUCGUGGGGUGCGCAAGCGAAAAUGACAUUGGAGGCGGCUGUUACUUGCAAUCUUUCACUGUUUGAAGUGGUGCCUAUUGUAUUUUGUAUGUUUUAGCAUACACAGUCUCCCCUUUAUGAUACCAUACAGUCCUCCUUGAGGAUGAUAGAACCUACGAGUAUGAUGGCAAUAUUUUUACUUAAAAUAUAAUUCCUAUAUUAACUAUAAAUAAGUUCAUUACUUAUUUAAUAUUCAACUUACAAAUAUCAUUAUACUAAUCGGAUAAUGAAAUUAAUCAUUUAAAAAAAAUGUCUUUGAAGUGCAUUUAACGAUUGUGAGAAGUUAGAGUAUUUCGUCUCUAUCUCUCGUUUUUUCUCUAAAGUAAUAUCGAGCGAGAUAUGCUAGAGCUAAUGAAAUAGUAUUUAAUUAUUAAAUGAAUCUUAGCACUUAAUAUGCGUUUAUGCUCUUUACACAUGGUUAACUCUGCCAUCAUACUAGCGGAUCUACAUUGAUAUCUUUAUCUGCGAUGUAUGGGUGAUAUAAGUAAUUAUAUAGCACAGCAAAGAUAUACAUCUCUUUAAAACUGUACAAAUUUGAUCAAAGAUAUAUGUCUUUGUAUUAUUACAUAUAUUGCAAGGAAUAUAGAAUAUUAACAUUAUAUAUAUAUAAACAAAAGGUGUGUGAAAAGAUGCUUUUUGUAUCCUUUGAAUUUCUGUUUUGUUAAUCGGAGUAUAUAAUUAGAUUACAAUACGUUUCAUAAUGCUGUUAAAUAUUUUUAUGAGCAAUUGUAAUUGUUAUGGGAAAAAAAUUACUCUAUCUUUGUCGGGAUAAAUUACUAAUAUGUUGUUCUCUUUUUUUUCUUUUUUUUUUUUUUUAAAUAUUUUAAAAAUUCAUAAAAAUAAGUAAAAACCUAAUUGGAGUUUUUUUGCACUGUUCAUUUUGUUUCUAAGUGUGACAGUUAAUUCAUAAUUUACGUUAAGUAUGACAAUGUUAAAACGGCUGAAUAGAAUUUCUUUGUACUAAUGGUAUAAAUAAAUAUGUCUGUUACAUUAAUUAGAUUGUAUUAGAUCGUUCAUUGACGUUGUAUCAUUUUGUUGGACAUAAAAUGAAAGCCCUCAAAAUGUAUUUAGCUAAUGUAAAUAUAAUCUGUAAAUUGUCUAACAUAGUUUAUACCAUUGCUACAUCGAAGUUUAUUUUAAAAAUCGUAGUUGUAAUAUAGUCCAGCGUUUUAUUGCAGCAAAGAAGUUUUGCUAUUGAUGAAAAAUAUCGAUAAACAGGGAUACAUAAAUACUGUACUUUCUAACGUACAGCUUAGGCUUAUAAGAUACAUCUCAAUUAGUCUCUUAAAAUAUACGACUUUAAGAGGUUCAAAGAUAACUUUACAAAGAUUAUUGUUAUCUUGCUCAAUAUUAUACGAGUUCAGCUUACAACUUAACAGAGAUAAAUUUUAAAACGGUACCUCUAGAGAACAUGGAGGUAUUCUAAGUGUGUAAUAUAAAAUAUUUGCAGAAUGGGACCUCUACUGUAAAUAAGCAAUGGACUGCACUAUGACUAUAGAGAAAAAGAAAAUGUUAAUUUCUAGUUGUAAUAUAGAUUUAAGGUACUAACAAAAAAAAAUGACGAUCUCAUUGUGAUUUUGAUUAUUCUGCGAAUUGUGAUCGUAAAAGUCAUGAAUUCUUGUACAUUAUAGUUGCAUUAUAUGGCUACCUAUGAUACAAGAGGGAAAGAAAAAAAAAGACAAAAAAAAAGAAAGAAAGAGAAACAAAUAGUACUUCAGUUCAUAUAUUAUUUUUAUUUUGAAAGAAAGAUUUCAAGUAUAUAAUGAUUUAAGUGGUUGAUACGCCAAAUGCAGCUAUUAAUGUACUACGAAUUAGUAAUGCAUUUUAGACUAUUAUCGUAUAAAAGUGCGUCUGGCAGAAAUUUGCAAGAAAUAAUUGGCGUCCUAUUCUUCCACGUGUUGAUGUCCUCUCUUUACUUAGAUCCCCCAGUUACUCUGUGACUGGUUUCAUUCACUGCCAAUUUAUUCAUUGUUGUGUCAUUUACAUAAGCAAAGCUUGCUAAGACUAAAGAAAUCGUGUUAUUACACUUUUGUUAAUCAAUGUUUUAACUUAACAUUUGAUGUUAUUACUUACAUUAUUACAUUACACUAUUUUACCAAGGUAGCUUGCUAGUUUUUGAGAUCUCCAUACCACUCAAAAGCCUCGACACGAUGUCCAACCAACUGCCAGUAUCAUACUUAAUCGUAGAUUUAUCGGCAAAUCAAACUAAAAUAUACAUGAAUUGAAUUAGGCUGUGGAAUCCUAAUUAUGUCAAUGAUAGUAACGCUACCUGUACGUACAGCGUACAUAUCGUAUCAUUGAUGUAUCUUUUAGUUCAUAAUGUCAAUGGAGAAUAGCAAAGAAGAUAAAUAUCUGAUGCAUUUUCAAUGGUAAUUAUUUUUUUUUUUCUUGUUUUUCUUUUACAUAGCGUGUUUUUGAAAUCUACGAAGGUUUAAAUAUGUUAAAGUCCCAAAUCGUAAUAGAUAAAAAAUAUUUACAUAAUUCUGUAUGCGAAUUUUGUAUAUCUUACAGAUCGAACUACUUUCUUAGUAGUUGCUUUUCAUCUUAUUAAUGAUAUUUAUACAUGCAUAACAAAAUGAUGCUGCUUAUAAUUCAGAAAGAUUCAUGCACCCUGUUCUAUUUCAUGAAAUAUUUUGCGAAUCUCAUUGUGACAAUACUUGUUCAAACAUACUUCGUUUACAUUUAAGAAGGUAUGUCUUAUGCACUUGCAUUAGCUUCGACUACAUCGCUAAAGAUAAUUAAAAGUGAUAUUCCUAUCCAGUUUCGCACUGUUUGUUAUGCAUAAAUGAUACAUAAAGAUGCCAGAAUUUUUCUGUAUAAACCUACGUGUUGCAUGGAUAAUAAGAUUUAGGAUUUUAACAAUUCCAUUCAAAAUUUUUAAGUAAAAAUGGCAUAUAGUUACUGUACAAGACAGCGAAUCUUAAUAAUUUGAAAGACAUAAUAUUACAAAAUGUACUGUGCCUAAGCCUGUUGUUAAAAUUGGUUUAUAUACCGCCUACAAAAUAAAGACAACAGCAAUGCAUAGUGCACACUAGCGCAGUAAGUCCAUUAGAACGAGCAACUUUGGCAGACAACUAAAAAUAAUUAAAUAUAUUAAUAACAACUUAUAAUGCAAGGGGAUGAAGGAAUAAAUACGUUUUAUAUUGUCA